ACGAUUAUACCCCACUUCUGCCAUUUUAGUACUCAACAUUUCUCUUCUUUUUUGACUUCGCACUCUCAAACACACAGAGUCUCUCUAUCUCAAACAUGGAGGAAGACAAGCGAGGCAAGUCUGAUGAGUCGGAGCUCCUGAUUCUAAGUUCCGAUGCCGAGUCCGGCUCGGGAGAUCCUACACCGCUACCGGAGAAUUCAGAGUCUUGCGGCGCAGGAGGUGGAAGUGGAUAUGGCGGGGCUAGGUACAAACUGAUGUCGCCGGCGAAGCUCCCGAUCUCUCGUUCGCAGUGUGUCACGAUCCCUCCGGGUCUUAGUCCGACCUCAUUUCUUGAGUCUCCGGUUCUGCUAUCUAAUGUCAAGGCAGAGCCAUCCCCUACAACAGGUUCAUUUAAUAAGCCCCAAUUGGUGCAUGGCUCUGUUGGCUUGACUUCAUAUUCAGUGAGUACAGUUGGCUCCAAUACCUUUGCAGAAAGAAAAUCAAGCUUUGAGUUUUGGCGGCCCCAUGCUAGAUCAAAUAUGGUGCAUGCAGGUUUGAACCACCAGAAAAGUGAACUAUCUGUCCCAGUCCAAGGUCAUUGCUCAUCUCCACUUGCAUCAUCACCCUCAAUGAAAAGUGAGCUCGCAGUGUCCUCAAAUGAGUUGAGUCUAUCAUCACCUGUUCAUAUUGUUACAUCUGCGGUGAGCCCAGCUGCUGAAGUUGAUUCAGAUGAACCAAACCAGAUAGGAAAUGUGAACAGUGAGCUCCAGGCGUCACAAACUGAUCAUAAAGGUGGAAGUGGGGCUUUUGCACCGUCUGAUGAUGGAUUUAACUGGCGUAAAUAUGGACAGAAGCAUGUCAAAGGAAGUGAAUUUCCUCGCAGCUAUUACAAAUGUACACAUCCUAACUGUGAAGUGAAGAAGUUAUUUGAACGAUCUCAUGAUGGACAGAUAACGGAUAUUAUUUACAAGGGAACACAUGAUCAUCCUAAACCUCUACCUGGAUGCAGAUAUACUGCUGGUUCUGCCAUGUCCAUGCAGGAUGAAAGGGCUGACAAGGUUUCAUCUGUAAUUGACCAAGAUGGUCAGGAAGACAAGUCCCUCGGCAUAUAUGGCCAGAUAUCUCAAACUGUCGAGCAUAAUGCUACCCCUGAACUUUCUCCUGGUACUGCAAAUGAUGAUAGUCCUGAAGGUGCAGAGGUUGAUGAUGAUGAUCCCUUCUCAAAACGGAGGAAGAUGGAUAUUGGAGGAAUUGAUGUCACUCAAGUGGUUAAGCCCAUCCGGGAGCCACGUGUUGUUGUUCAAACUCUGAGUGAGGUUGAUAUUCUAGAUGAUGGGUACCGUUGGCGGAAAUAUGGACAGAAAGUGGUGAGAGGAAAUCCUAAUCCGAGGAGUUAUUACAAGUGCACAAAUGCUGGAUGCCCUGUCAGAAAACAUGUGGAGAGAGCAUCACAUGAUCCAAAAGCAGUUAUAACCACGUACGAAGGAAAACACAAUCAUGAUGUACCCGCUGCGAGGAAUAGUAGCCAUGACAAUGCUGUAACAUCAACGAUGAACGGACCUUCAAGGAUUAGAUUGCAAGAAAGCAACACAAUCAGCCUUGAUCUUGGUGUUGGAAUGAAUUCUGUCGCUGAACAUCGAUACAGUGAGCAGCAACAGCUGCUGCAUCCUAACAGCAUGCAAAGCCAAGCCCAAACUAGUGUUUCCAGUUUCGAAAUGGCUCAGGUAACGCCAAUUGCUCCGUACUAUGUUCUGAACGGUGGUGUGAAUCAGUAUGGACCUAGAGGAAAUCCAAGGGAAGGCUGGAGUCUUGAAAUUCCAACGUUAAACCAUUCUUACCCGUAUCCGCAAAAUAUUGGGAGGUUAUUAACUGGUCCAUAAAUUUGUUUACAGUGAAGCCAAUGAAAUAAAAAUUUCUGUGGAUUUUUUUUCCUUGCAUUCCUAGUUGGUAGGUUAUAGCAAAUCUAGAGUCAUUACUGGAAAAUAUUGGUUGUCCUUGUAUGUUCUAGUUUACCAAGAGCUGAUCCAGGUAUUAAGUAUUAACUAUAUUGCCGGUUGCCUUUGUGUAUGACAUUUCGCUGAGCUUGAUUGCCCUGUAUAAAUAUAUGAAAGUGAUGCAGGUACCAUGUCA